AUGGGGCUUUUAACCAGCAGGGUCUUGAGAUGCGGGGGUUCCAGCCUGGAAGAGCCACAGCCAGAAGCCAUAGCCAGUCCCAGCCGUCCAUCUGUCAGUCGCAAGCGAAAACUGAGCAGUUCGGAAGGUUUGACACCAAGCUCUGAAGUUCAUGGACCUCAAAACCGGGGAGUGAAUCUACAUCAAGUUCUCAACUACAUCUACAGGAAGAGGGUUAAGAUCUCAUCUAAUUAUGCUUAUGAAAAUUUAUUUUUGAACGGGAAAGACAGCGACAUUAAAAUCCUUGCUCUGGGAAGAACAUGGUAUUUACACAAAGUAUUUUUAUGUCAUUCAGGCUACUUUGCUAACAUCCUCAAAGGUAUUUGGAGAGAAUCACAUAGUCGUGUUAUUAGACUGGUCAUUAAGAACGAGGAUAUUGAUGCCAGAUCUCUGCACAUUGUGUUUGGUUCUUUGUACACGGAUGAGGAUUUGUCAAUAACACCUCUGGAAGUUCCUCACGUUUUGGCAGCAGCAUGCCUGCUUCGGGUGGAUCGAGUAAUUCGCCAGUGUGAUGGGAUCAUGAAGACAACCAUCAACAGGAACACUGCGUGCUCCUAUUAUUUGGCAGCAGAAACCUAUAGAUUAAAUGCUGUAAAGACCCAGUGCUUUGAAUGGCUUCUUCACAAUUUGAUGAUACAUCCAAGUGUGGCCCUUUACAAGGAAGUAGAUGCAAAGUUGAUGUAUCUUCUUGCCUCUUCUUCUGACUUACUAGUGAGGCAAAAGGAGAUGGAUGUAUAUACCACACUGAAAAAAUGGAUGUUCCUUUAUUUUAAUCCAUACUGGAACGGAACCUUCAUGCAGCUUUUGGACCAUGCUAACAACUGGCUUUCCACCUGCAUGGGAUAUAUCCACAACAUCAGUUUUCUUGAAAGUGAAGAAGGACUAAUAUUUCAACCAGUGUUUAAAACGCUAAGGUUCCAGCACAUCAUCUGUGAUUUGGCUUCCACAAUUAUUCUUGAAGAGGAUCGUCUAAUUCCUUUGCAUUGGUUGUCUCCCGUUUAUAAACAACAGUGGCUGAUUUUGCUACAUGCACAAGAAUACGGGGCAACGGGACCACAAACCAUCAAUGAAGAACAGCUCGAAGAGUGCACCAUGAGAUGUGGUAAAAGGAUCCCCAAAGAUGGUAGAUACACUUGGAAGUGGUCAGCUUCCCGACUUAACUUUCCUAUUCGUGUCACCUUUACCAGGCAGUGUGUAAUUUUCAGGCAAAUGCAUCAGGAGUGUGAUGGUUCUGCUUGCGAAAACCAUAUCCGAAAUAUCAUAUUCAGAAUAACUUUGAUGUGUUUUGACUCCAACCAGAAAGUAACUUUCAGUAAAACAACAGGUUAUAAAAUCCUUACAUUUGAAUAUAAUGAGGAGCAAAUUGUAAUGAAUUUGGAUACUGAAAUUCUAACCUUCCCUUUGUAUAUAUUUGGCAAUUUCCUGUUCGUAAACCUAGCAAGUGCAGAAAACGAGUAA